AUGGCCACAAGAACGGUUGGCGGCAACGCUGCCUUCCACAACUUUCACAAUGACUACGCUCAUAUCGCCGACCCCAAUGAGCGCCGUCGUCUCGCGCUCGCUGAGAUCGACAAGGCUCCUUUCGGCUGGUACCACGUCCGCGCCAUCGCUGUGGCCGGUAUUGGUUUCUUCACUGACGCCUACGACAUCUUCGCCAUCGGUAUCGUGACCACUAUGCUGGGGAUAGUCUACUGGCAAAACACCUCCGCCAAGGGCACAAUCCCCGCCCACGCCGACACCGCGAUCAAGGCUGCCACUUCCGGCGGUACUGUUAUCGGCCAGCUUGGUUUCGGUUACCUCGCCGAUGUGGUCGGCCGCAAGAGGAUGUACGGUCUUGAGCUGAUCAUCAUCAUCUUCGCCACUCUCGCCCAGUCUCUCGCUUCGAACUCGAAAUCCAUCACCAUCGUCGGCGUCAUCGUCUUCUGGCGUGUGCUCAUGGGUGUCGGAAUCGGUGGUGACUACCCGCUCUCUUCUGUCAUCACUGCAGAGUUCGCUACCACCAAGUGGCGUGGAGCUAUGAUGGGCUCUGUGUUCGCCAUGCAGGGUAUAGGUCAAUUCGCCGCUGGUAUCAUUGCCCUCAUCGUCACUGUUGGCUUCAAGGAGUCCCUCAUUCACGCCAGCUCCUACGCUACUUGCAGUGGCGUCUGCGGUCUCGCCGUGGACAAGAUGUGGCGUGUAAUCAUCGGUUUCGGUGCAGUUCCCGGCUGCAUUGCCCUCUACUACCGCCUCACCAUCCCCGAGACUCCUCGCUACACCUUCGAUGUCUCCCGCGACGUCGUUAAGGCUGGCUCUGACGUCAAGGCUUACCUCAACGGUACCGCCGAGGGUGUUCCGGAUGAGAUUGCGCGCGUCCAGACCAUGCGUGAGACUGCUCCUCAGCUCGAGAUUCCCAAGGCUUCUUUCCGCGAUUUUGCCCGCCACUACGGCCAGUGGAAGUAUGGCAAGAUCCUUCUCGGGACAGCUUUCUCGUGGUUUACUCUCGAUGUUGCUUUCUACGGUGUCGGCCUCAACAACUCCACCAUCCUUACCAACAUCGGCUACGGCAAGGGCGCCAACGUUUACUUGACUCUCUACAACAUUGCCGUCGGCAACAUCAUCCUCGUGUGCGCUGGUGCCAUUCCAGGUUACUGGGUCACUGUUGCCACCAUUGAUACCAUCGGCCGCAAGCCCAUCCAGUUGGUUGGUUUCGUCAUCCUUACCAUCCUCUUCGCCGUCUGGGGUUUCAUGUACCACCGCCUCGGUGAGUCUGGUCUUUUGGCCAUCUACGUCCUCACCCAGUUCUUCUUCAACUUUGGGCCUAACUCGACCACCUUCAUCGUUCCUGGCGAGUGCUUCCCGACCCGCUACCGCUCCACCUCGCACGGUAUCUCUGCCGCUUCCGGCAAGGUUGGCUCCAUCAUUGCCCAGGUCGCCAUCGGUACGCUCCGUACUCGUGGUGCCACCAAGACCAACGCCAACCCAUGGCUCAACCACGUCAUGCAGAUCUACGCUCUGUUCAUGUUCUUGGGUAUCUUCUCCACCCUGCUCAUCCCAGAGACCAAGCGCCUUACGCUUGAACAAUUGGCUGGCGAAGUUCCCGGCACUCCUCAGUACGACCCUCACAUGAGUGCUAUGCACCGCACUGGCUCCGACCCAUCAGAGCGUGAGGCGCAGAUGAUGGCUGAGAAGAACCACCAGGACGUGUAG